AUGUCGCUGCCAGCCCUUGAUCGAGAGGCUUCACGUCCCUCUGUGCUCUCCAAGGCAUCUGCAUCGACGGGAGCGGACAAGGGGCGCGUUGCUCGGAUUCGCAGCGGAGUGUGGGGAGCAGCUGGCCGAGCAGCCAGCGUUGCUAGCGUGGCCACCUUGGGAACGUUGAAUGGGCAAUCGCAGCAGCAAUCAUCAGAGGCGCAAAAGAAGGCAGAGAAUGUGCAGCUCAACGGAUUCACCGGCGUCUUUCCCGUUCCCGCACCUGGAUGCAGACCCACUCCCCCCGCACCUCUCACCACGGCGCAAUCCGAAGCGUACGACAAGAUGCUGCGCUACUUUAAGCAAGACGUUACGCAAUACCCCAUCUCGCUCGCGACCGGAGCAGCCAAGCAGCCCGCAACGGAGUGGGAAAAGUUGAGACUGUUGAGCAGGGAGAGCAUGCUGAGGUAUCUUCGCGCAACAAAGUGGGACGUGUCGCAAGCGCAAAAGAGGCUGACAGAGACGAUCGCUUGGAGGAGAGAGUUUGGUGUGGACAAGCUGGAUCCGGAUGAGAUGGCGCACGAGGCCAAGAGCGGAAAGGAGACGGUGCUGGGAUACGAUAACAAUGCGAGACCGCUGCACUAUAUGCAUCCUCACAGGAACGACACAAAGGUGGGUGCGGGGGGGAGCAACAACGUGCGGGGAUCUAGGCUCACUCUGCUUGCGGCCUCGCACUCUCCCCACGCGCAGGAAACGCCUAGACAGAUGCAGUUUGCCGUGUGGAUCUUGGAGCGCAGCGUGGAUCUGAUGCCUCCUGGCAUCGAACAGUUGGCCCUUCUGAUCAACUUUGAUCAUCGGUCACGCAACCCAACCAGCAUUGCCAAUGCCAAGCUCAUGCUGUACAUCCUGCAAGUGAGCUUUUAUAUCGCCAACAAGGUGACACCAGCUAAAGCUCAGUUUACAAGGCUCGCUCACACGACCCCUUUUUCAUUGGCCCCUCAGAAUCACUAUGUGGAGCGAUUGGGUGUCGCGCUAUGCAUCAAUGGUGAGCGCAUUCGCGCAGUCUGAAGGACCAGACGCUGCAGCUGACGCGUCCACGUCCGCAGUGCCUUGGAUUUUCAAAGCUUUCUGGAGCGCGAUCCAGCCUUUCAUCGACCCCGUCACGAAGAGCAAGUGCAAAUUCGAUGAAGCCAUCAAGGACGAAGUCCCCUCGGAGCAGUUGAGCGCCGACUUUGGUGGCACGCUGGAUCCCAAGUACAACCACGAUGCGUACUGGCCAGAUCUGGUCAAGACUUGCGACGAAAGGCGAGAGCAGAUGAUGCGGCGCUUCAAAGAGGUGUGCAAUUCAGAAGUCGGCGCUUCGGAAUGGGUCAUUUUGGGUGGAGACGACAAGGAAGCGCCCUUUAAUAAAAAGGACUUGGCAGCGAUCAGAAAGGCUAGUACUGAGCCGGACGAGACCAAGGAGCACGUCGAAGCUGCUGUAGGGACUGCCUCUCGCGCGGGCAACAGCGGGCAGGAAGCGCGCGACGCAGCAAUCAAGAGCAGCGACGCUCGCAGCCUUGGGCAACCGGUCGCCGAGCAUCAAGAAGCGCCGGGUCUUGGACCCGAAGAUCCAAAGGAGUCGCUAGAGCGCUUCCAGACUGCCAAUGGAUACGCGACACCAGGCGCUGAGCCAAAGACACCGACCGGCUUUCGUCCAGUCGAGCGCUUCGUCACACCCACUGAGCAACUGUCGAGGAGCCCCAUCGAUCGCAACUUUUCGCAGCACGUCGCGAUGACGUCGCCUGUUGCGGAAGACGACGAGAUUGCAACUGUUUCUGCGUCUACAGCGACGCCCAGUCGAGUGGGCACGCAAGGGACGACGGAUACGAGCGUGUCUGCUUCUUCGCCCAAGCGCAAGCCGAGUGGCGCGCGAAGCUUCUUUGACAGCUUGAGGAAGCACAAAGAUUCCAGCAGACCCGGAACGCCCUCUUUGCUGUUUGAGAGGCGGGAGAAGAAGGAAAAGAAUGACAAGACUGCGGCCGCGACCGCGACCGCGAGAGCGGACGGCAGCUUGAAACGAGCUCCGACGCAAAAGAAACAGCAAGACCAUCAUGCCCAGCGAGAUCUGCAUGGCAUUGCGGCGCAGAUUUCGACUGGCAUGGCUAGUGGAGCGACCGCCUUUGCUACUGCGCUUCAGCACAGAGCAGAACAUCACACUGCGCGACAAGAAGCUCUGCGGAAGGAGGAAGAGGCAAAGGCAGCAGCGGCAGCUACGAGCGAAAGCUCUUCUCCUGAUGCCGUGGUGGCAGGCGUCUCUGGAGCAAAAGACGCGCAAGACGAUGCUGCGCAGAUCACGACGCUGCAGCAGACGUCCGCAUCGCAAAAGGCGGAAGCGGGGGUUGCGGGCGACCGUAGCAGUACGACGACCCCAGAUGGCAAGCAAGCGGGCGAGCCGACGAUGGUCGCAAAUGGCAGCAAGCCAGCUUCUUCUCCCAGCAAACCCAUCUCCGUCCUCUUUUUUGCCUCGGCGCGCGAUGCUGCAGGCUCUUCGGAGCUUCAAUUAUACCUGCCCCGCCGCGCUGGCUUUCCCCUGUCGGAAUUGGCCGGUCUGAUCCUGCUCGAACGAAAGGCGGCACUGGCCGAGAGCAAAUCUGACGCGCACACGACGCCCGAUGUGGAAGCGCUGCAGCGCAUCUUGCAAUCGGCUAGGUGGAGCGUGAACGAGGAAAUGGUGGAUGAGGAUGGCCUUGCGAGCACUUUGUUGAAUGGUGGAGAACGCGUGGCUCCCAUUACUCCUGUCAGCGGAGGAUGA